CCGCCAUACUACCUAACCAUAUUUACAUGUAAUCCGACCAACGAGGCAAUGUUCGCGCCGCCGCCACGAUGAAGUACCACAGCACCGCCAUCCUCGCGCUGUGUGCUCUGGCGCUUGCAGCUCCGCCCACACGACAUCAUGCACUCGAACCGCCGCGACAGUCGCGAUGGGCCACCAUCAAGCACCACUUCCUCCAAUCUGUCUUGGGCUUCGAGCAGCGCAGGCACGAGCACAUCACACUCGCCAAAGACACGGCCUUCGAUCGCCACGUGCCCGCGCGCACUCUCGCGACAUAUGGCGGGGACUUGGUCUUGCGCUUCAACCUCAGCACUGCGCAAGAGUCGGCAAGCUUGGCCGAAGCGGCAGAUACCUUGAUGCUGGAUGUCUGGGAGUUUGCGCAUGACUGGGUGGAUAUUCGCUUGUCCAAGGACAGCGUCCCUCUCCUGCUGGGACUGCUGCCGGCCUCGCUACAGCACGCGCACAAGCCAUUAUUGCGAGAGAAGGAGCUAUCAGACGCCAUCAUCGCCAACUAUCAAAAGUCCGCUCAUCAUGAUACCACGGCUGCGCAUGCUUCACCGACCCGGCGGCCUUUCAAUGCAGACUUGGCGCAGACGAGCGAGCCCGAGGCCAACCUCUUCUUCGCAGACUACCAGCCCUUGAACGUCAUUGAUCCAUGGCUGCGUUUGAUGGCAUCGCUCUUCACCACCCACGUCCGACUCCUCAGCAUUGGCUUGUCGUACGAGGGUCGCAACAUUCCCGCGCUGAGAGUGGGCGUACAUCCUUCCAUGGACGACGAUCCCAAUCCACCCCAGCGAAAGACCAUCCUGAUUGUGGGCAGCUUGCACGCGCGAGAAUGGAUCAGCACCACGACGGUCAACUACAUUGCAUACUCGUUGAUCACGGGCUAUGGUAAGGAUCACAGCAUCACCGAAAUGCUCGAAAGUUUCGACUUUGUCUUUGUACCCAUCUUGAACCCGGAUGGCUAUGUGUACACCUGGGAGACGGAUCGUCUGUGGCGCAAGAAUCGACAGAAAACGGGAAUCCGAUUCUGUCAAGGCAUGGACCUGGACCGUUCAUUCGGCUUCGAGUGGUCUGCCACGGACAAUCCAUGCAGCGAGUCUUACACGGGCGAAGCGCCCUUCCAGGCUGUCGAGGCCAAGCGGCUGGCUGACUGGGCCAAGAAUGAGACGCAAAACAACAACGUGGACUUUGUCGGCUUUCUAGACUUGCACUCGUAUUCGCAAGAGGUGCUGUAUCCCUACAGCUAUUCAUGCGAUGAUGCGCCACCUGGCUUGGAAAAUCUCGAAGAGCUCGCCAUGGGUCUCUCCAAGUCCAUUCGUACCACGCAUGGUCGCAACUACGAAGUCAUGUCUGCAUGCGAGGGCAAUUCCGUGUACACGUCUGGCAAUAAAAAGGUCCAUCUUCGACCGAGUAUUGAGCCCAAUGGAGGCUCCGCGUUGGACUUUUUCUAUCGUACCGUGGGCGUACGGUAUGCAUACCAACUCAAACUGCGUGAUCGUGGCACGUAUGGGUUCUUGUUGCCCAAGGAACAUAUCGUCCCCACCGGUAAAGAGAUUUUGAAUGCAGUGCUAUAUUUCACAUCCUUCCUGAAUGAUCUUUAUAAUAUGUCGGGUGGUGAGAAGCCGGCAGCAAAGUUAAAUGCAGAGGAUUCUGAAGUUGACACCAAGCCCGAGAAACUGCGUAAUGGAGCCAUGUCACACCCACAGAAAGAAGACGAAGAGAAGGAAGACGAAGAACAAGAAGAGGACGAACAAGAAGACGAAGAUGGAGAAGAAGCAGAUCCGUGGGUAAUUGUCGAAGACCUGGAAGUCGAGCAAGCCAAGCCUGAUCUCAAGCGGCCAAGAAGAAGAUAGCAUAAGUACAGGUACCUGUGAUGUACCUAGCGUCAUUUCAC